ACACACACACUACACAUACGUUUUUUGGCACAACUUCUAUUUCUACGUACCAACCACCUUUUACCUAGCUCUCGGUUGCAUCACCAAUCUCUCUACCUCUCUGCCAUCUUCCUUUAAACAGAGUGUUUCUCAUCUAUCACAUAGUUCCUCCAAUUUUGGAUCAUAUAUAUAUAAUUAUAUAUAUACAUACAUAUAUAUACACAAAGAUUAUAUAUAGAAUAAUGGGAGAAGAGAAACCAAAGAAAGUUGAUUCCGAAACCACUUCCCAAGAGAACCAUAGCCAUGUUAAACAAGAAAAUUCCUCAAACGACGUUGCGUCGGAGAAAAGUCUCGUUCCAUUUCCCGACGAGAAGGUCUCUCACUCCAAAUCCCCUGCAACUGUUGAAAAGGUUGUAGAUCCUGCUACUGAGAAAAGUUCUAGUGAUUUACUUGAUAGAGAUGCAGUGCUUGCAAAGGUCGAAACAGAGAAGAGAUUGGCUUUAAUUAAAGCAUGGGAAGAAAGUGAAAAAACAAAAGCAGAGAACAAAGCAUAUAAAAAAUUGUCCACCAUUGGAGCAUGGGAGAAUAGUAAAAAGGCAUCGGUAGAGGCUCAGCUGAAGAUGAUUGAGGAAAAAAUCGAAAAGAAGAAAGCAGAAUAUGCAGAAAAGAUGAAUAACAAGAUAGCUGGAAUCCACAAGGCAGGGGAAGAAAAGAGAGCAAUGGUUGAAGCCAAACGAGGAGAGGAUUUUCUCAAGGUGGAAGAAACAGCUGCAAAAUUCCGUGCAGCUGGCAUUACACCAAAGAAAUUGUUUGGAUGCUUUAGUUUCUUUCAGAUUUAAUCUGGUGUUGUUUUUGGUGUGUAUAUUGUGAUAGUCCUUUUUGUGAGCACAAUGUCUAAACUGUUAUAUUAAGUACAAAACUUUAUCUUUUA